AUGUCCUCCGGUAUCACAUUUGACAUAGUCACAAGGGCCGCCGAAGAAGAGGCUGCUCAAGCAGCAUUCCGCAAAUCUGCAAUUGAGUCUUGGACACUCUAUGCAAUUGGCGUCGCUGCGACCAUACUCAGGACGUAUGCCCGAGGAAGCGCUGUGGGAUUCAGGCAUCUGCGAGCCGAUGAUUACCUUAUCUGGGUCGGGAUUCUAUUCUAUACCGCGCAGACAGCUCUCGCAUAUAGCGUGGGUAAUGUUGCUCAUGGCCUAGCCAACAAUGGUAUGACAGAUGCCCAGCGCGCCGCACUAUCUGUCGAUGAUCCCGAAUUUCGAUUUAGGGUGGACUACAUACUCAGCGUUGAUCUGGUCGCUCAAGCUCUCCAUGUUGGCAUUUUACGUUCGACUUACGGAUGGUCUUGGCCGGCGCUAUCGAGUCCCAGUUUAUAUUGGCUUUGCCCUCGUCAUCGGGACUUUUAUAGCGAGCAUUAUAUCUGUCAGGCUGCUAUCUCCAAGCCGAUAGUUUGGGUUUCCUUCGCCGCAAAUGUCAGCACCGAUCUCUACUUAAUAACGAUCCCAAUUCCAGUAUUAUGGAGCACUAAACUGAAACUGGCAAAAAAGAUCGCUUCUACAGUCGUACUCAGUGCCGGUGUAUUCGUUCUGGUUUGCGCCACCCUGAAGAGUGUCUUCGUCCUAGUAGACCCCCUCCACGGCGCAGAGCUAAGCGGCGCAUGGGGUACACGCGAGACAUUCGUCGCCGUUAUAACGACCAAUCUACCCAUGAUAUUCCAUCUGUUCAAAUCCUGGCUCGGGCGCGUUUACGGCAGUGCGUUCAACUCAAACCCGACACACAAAUAUCCCAGUGGUUUCCAGAGCAUCGGUGGUGGGGGUGGUGACUCCCGGAGUCGGAAUCGCCGCAAGCCCUCUAGCGGGCAUCCUACAGUGGGGACCCUGACGUUGACCGAGAGUGAGGAACGGAUGGUGGGCGACGUCAAGAUGCAGAAUUUGAAGACCUACCCUGCGUCUCCGACUGGGACCGUCGCCAGCAGUAUCUUAGUCUCCAGCCGGAUCGAGGUGACCCACGAGGACAGAAGUAGUCGGAAUAGCGAGCUGGACCCGCAGCGCCUGCAUGAGACUUGGUAG